UGCGCGCGACAUUUCCAAGACUUUGAAGCAUACACUACAUUACAUAUCGUCGAGUCGCGCUACUUUGCUUUGAAAAAGGGGCCUAAAUAUUAUUCUUUUUCCUCUGCCCGUGGAUCUAAUCGAUUAGUCUCGUAUUUCCGACCUUCAAUGCAUUCGUCCGUCAUAAUUGGCUCGAGCAGACACUGUUCUGCCGCCUAGUAGAGAGACAUGGAGGUAGAACCUCGAGGCUUACACCUACCGUUGCCCACACGGUCGAACCCCAGCCUUCUCCAGUCCUCACGAGCAGAUUCGUCAAAUAAUAAAAAAUCGCCGACGGUACCACGAGACCCGAAUUCGAGGAAAUCACCGCCACUCGGUGGCCUGGCUAGUAAAAUCGGGGGUUCCAAAGUGCGCAUACCUCUUCUAACUGGUUCGAGGCCGUUGGUCCCGGCAGGCGAGAGGAGGUCUGGCGGUCAAGAUGGAAAUAAAGCAAAAUGGGAGUCUGAGGGUGACAAGUGGAAUAUAGCACCGGAUGGAGGUUCAGCCGGCCGAGAAGGAAGACAUUUCACCGUGGCCAACGUGGGUAACAAUGGCCAAAUAUACUUGAGACCUACUAUAAGGCCGGCAAAUCAGAGAUACCCCCAACCCAGUUUUACCUUUCCAGCAACGCCACCGAGCACCGCAGGUUUAGAUGUUCUGACUCAGAACAAGACGAGGUCCGAUGAGAAUAGUGAGCUGCUUAGCGGUCAAUGGACCCCUACUCCCCCAACCGACUCUCCGUCACCUGGAGUUGUAAGGAAGAAAGCCUACUUCGACUUGAAGUUAAGAAAAACCCGGAGUCGUCGCGCGAUGUCGGAUUCAACCAUUCAGGAUGCAAGCAUAGCGCAGGAGGGAGAUGCUGGAGUAUUUAAGGUCGUGAUAUCGAAGCCGAAGAACGAGUCGAGGUCGAAAACCGCCGAAGACGUAGGUCGGGAUCUAAGCCAACUUCUGCAAGUUUCCAUUCCUUCCUGGAAGUUAGGCACGCCAAGGUUCACUUCUAAGGGAACGCCUUUAAUCCGAGGCUCGUCGUAUGCCCCCACCGAGGAUGUCCGCUCAAGUAACGUCUCGUUCUUCCGACCACCAAUUCGUGACCUCAACUCUCUUCGCCCAGAUUCUAUAGAUACUGUAAAACAAAGGGCGAGCUCCACGCCUCACAUCCAGUUACCGUCGCCGAGCUUACUUAGCCCUGCCACCAUUCCCGCCCCGCGAUCUCCUCUUCCACUUCCUCCAGUCCGAUCGACGUAUCUCUCGACGCAUUUAGCCAUCGAGCCUAGCAUGUUCGAUGCGCUUACUUUUAAGCCAGCUUGUGAUGAUCGUGCCAUUGUACGCUAUUCGUCUGCCACAAAUGCCGUCACAGCUGCUACGCCGCCGCGAUUAGUUGCUGAAAUCACGUCUCCCACUUUUUUGGAUUACGAACUAAUUUCUGACUUUUUCCUCACUUUCCGUGCGUUUCUCGAUACCCAGGACUUGCUCCGAAUGCUAGUUGCUAGACUUAGAUGGGCCGUAUCCCGCGAUGACGAGACAGGGAUGGUAGUUAGGGUGAGGACAUUUGUGGCUAUGAGGCACUGGAUCCUUAAUUACUUUGUCGACGACUUCGUGGUGGAUUACUACCUCCGUGUGAUGUUUUGCAACCUCAUAAACGACUUUGUUGAGGAGCUCUCUCAAGAUGAGCGAGGUAGGAAGGUCCAGUUGAAGAUCCUAGCCGAGUUAAAGAAAUGUUGGAGACGAGUAUGCGCGCAGUUUUGGGAUGGCCCAGAAUUCGAUUCGUCACUAGGUCCCGAUAUUCCUAUUGCUCCCGGUGGAAUUGCUGGCCAUCGAGAUCCUGGUCUGGACCCGAGCUUCUGGGAAACUUCCUCUGACGACGCAGUACCACAAUUGUAUGGUAUCCACCUUCCGGAGACCGACUUGCAGCCUAAAAAUACGUUUUACCAAGAUGUGUCUAGGGCUGGCCAUAUUGAUUCGAUAUUACUUGGCGAUGUGCGCCCGGAUACGCCAGAGGAGGAGGAGGCGGGUCGGCCCACUACUGAAUUAGACCGGAGACAGACAUCGCCAACUAGUAUUGCGAGUCUCGAUGUGGUAUCAUGCUCAUUUCCAACGAAGGGAUUCCGAUUCGGCGAAUCCAGUACGAGUUCCGCCUUCGCUGCACAUCCUGCUGAUCCCAGUUCUAUCUACACCAAUGCGGAUCCUGUUGCGUCUACUCCGCGCGCUUUGACUGGGAAGCGCGUUAGGCCCCAUACGUCUCAUAGGCGGAACAACAGUCUCACGGAUUCCCUCCGGGAUCAUGGCUCGGUAACAGAAAAGGUUUUAUAUAAAAAUGCCGAGCUCUUACUAACUUUGCCAUAUGCUGGCAGCCUUGUCCGGGGGAAUUUUAUGCCCCCUGCCCAAGCUUUUGUUGAAAUAGACUCCCCGGGCUCCUGGGCCCGUCAAACCACGGUUUUCCAAACGCACCCCACCGAGGGGUCGAAAGAGAAGGGUUCUGCGUCGGCGAUGUCGGGACAGGGUAUGAAAAAGUUGAUUGGUAGCGUUCGCAGGGCCAUAAGUACGAGGGGCCAGGGUAUUGCAUCCACGCGAGGGAACUUCAUUGAUAUCGCACCAGUCGGGCCUCGGGGCGUGACGACUAACAGACUUCCGGGAACGGCGGUCGUCCCGCAAGCGCGACCGCCUCCCCCGAGCGGUACCCGUGCUGCUGUGCGUAUCGAUCUCCUCGGCGCUACUAUCGCUGAGGAUUUCAAAAAAGCUGUGCAAGAAGACGCCCUUAUGGAAACCGCGACCGAAGACGACAACAAUGAUACUUCCGGGGUCGCCAAUAACCCCAUUGAGUAUUCUGCGGCUCAUUUAGACUCCUCGUUCGAACUGCGGCCUACCAGCGACGCUGCAAUCACAGCCGGAAGCAAGUCUAUUGUUAUUGUCGAUGGAACCUUGCCGCCCGGCAAUUACCCACAUAUGACGAGUGCUUUGACGGCGUGGAAUCCAUCCGUUGAAGCUUUUGCAGAGAGCAUGAUGCGAGCUGCUGCUGGUGGCGGUGCUGAUCUAACGCCACCGACGACGCCGCCCGGACAAGCCUUACGUGGGGAUACUCCAAGAAGAUCCUCUUAUCUCCUCGGCCAACACGUUUUCAGACCAGCAGCUUCUAACGUCUCGUUGCCGCCGUUUGUUCCCGAUUUAGAAACGUUGGGCCGAGGACGUUCUUCCGAAGAAACUACCCCCAACGCUCGCCCUUCAGUCAGCUUCGUUAAACAGUCGCCUAGCAAGCCCCCAUUAAGCUACGCAAAACGACAUCAACGUCAGCAAUCAAGCCGUAGUUAUAGGUCGAGAGGCUCUAUUGCUCAUCGUCGAUGGGCGUCCUUCCAGAGUGGCAUCGCUGCGCAGUCCACAAUUAGGAGUUUUGAUGCGACUACGUAUUCCGAGGGAUCUGUAACAUCGGAAGUUAUGCCUCCACCACUUCGGGUCCUUCGAAGACGACCAGGUGGGGAUCUGAGAGGUGUGGCCAAUGUACAUGAUCUAGACAAUCCGCCGCUUCACAGGUCACGCUCUGUAGGCUCAUUAACGACCUUCACGGACUCCUUAAGGAGCUCUUACCUACGUAGUCCCAUCAGAGAAUCCAGUGGGUAUGUCGAUGUCGUCAGUAGCGAUUAUUCACAAAAACGAGCGGAGGUCUUCUCCUUAGGAGCCAUGGCAGAGCAAGCCCCAAAGCGUGCAGCUGCAUCUCUAUUUAGCACUCAUUCGUCAAAACCAAUAAUGCGACCAUCCUUCGAGGCUGAAGCUCAAAAGCUUGCCCAAAUCCCCGACGACAUAGACGAUGAUGGAGGUGUCGAGUCGGCACUUUUAAAACUGGAGGGUAGAUAUGAGAGGAGAAUUGCCAAACUCUCGAUGGAACCGUCUAAGAUACCACAAGCUGAUCUUGAAGAGCUCAAGAAUCGACCUACAGCAACGACACCUGAGAUAGAACAAGCCAAGGUAGAAAAGCGAAAGCACCGCCAGCAACAUAUCGAUGAAGAAAUCGUUUCCCCAAUGGAAGAAACUUUUGAUACACCGCUUAAUGAUAAGGUUGCGCCUCCCCGAUUUUCUGAGGCUAUUUCAUUCUUGUCAGAAGAUUCAAGGGAGAGUUAUAACUCAACGCCUCUGCUUGAUCGAGGAUUGACAGAUGAUGGACGCAGCAAGACAGCUACUCAGGAAUGGACAGAUCACUCGAUACUAAUAGGUCCGGACACGCCACCAGGAGAGAGUGAAGAGGUUGUUGCUACUGCUUCAGUCCAUCCAUCUUAUGAGUUUGUACGGAAAACCGAAAGUAUAGACAAGAUCAAGCCUGGAGCAACUGCGCCUGGGGAUCCUACAUUUCUGGACGUGGACAGUGAUAAUGAUUCUGCUUUAUCAUCCGAAAUGUCGGGCGAGAUGCCUGAAGCCGAUGAUUAUAUCUUUGGCGAACCCCAUUCACCGAGGAAGCUUACUCCUAUAAAUACGGGAUCCCCCGAUACUGAAGGAGGAAUCACCUUCUCAUCUAGAGAUAAACCCCCUUCGCCUCCAAUGACGUUGACGCAUACACAUGCUUCCGAGGGCUCGGAGGCUGACCAUGUCCCGCAGCUCCACGAGCACCAGUUGUGGGCGCAAAAACCAUUGCCUCCUACACCUGAUACAACACCUACUACUGCUAUGUACCACCAUGGCUCCGAUUCGCCCAGAGAUCCCACCGGCACAGGAGAGGCAUUGCGCAACGCGCCUCGAUUUUCUGGUGAAGCAGGACGAAAGAACUCAGCCCAUCUGCCUUUUAUACUCGCCUUCGACUCUGAAGUCCUUGCUCAGCAAUUCACAUUGAUUGAAAAGGACGCCCUGAACGAGGUUGAUUGGAGAGAGCUGAUCGAGAUGCGGUGGAAGAAUUCCAACAAUGAUUCGCGGUCGUGGGUUGACUUUCUUCGAAACACAGACGCACAUGGUGUUGAGGUGGUUAUUGCGCGGUUCAAUAUCAUCGUCAAAUGGGUAAUUUCAGAAGUCGUCCUCACGCAAGAUAUAGAGGAGAGAGCACGCUGCAUCAUCAAAUUUCUUCACAUCGCUGCCCAUUGUAGGAGAUACCGCAACUUUGCUACUACGAGCCAGAUCACUAUCGCUUUAACGUCAAACGAAGUAGCAAGGCUGGCCAGGACUUGGGCCAUGGUUCCACCUACCGACCUGAAGACUAUGAAGGAUCUCGAGACUCUCGUUUCUCCUACGAAGAACUUCUAUAACCUCCGAGCCGAGAUGGAAGGGGGUGGUACUGCUGCCGAUAUCGGAUGUAUUCCUUUUGUUGGCAUCUACACUCACGACUUGCUUUUCAACUCCCAACGGCCGUCCGAAAUCGCCAGCUCUCCGACUACAGCGCCUCUAAUCAACUUUGAGCGGUGUCGCAUCGCUGCAUCGGUGGUCAAGACCUUACUCCGUCUACUUGAGGCCAGCACUCAUUACCAAUUCCAGCCCAUUGAAGGUAUCACAGAACGUUGUCUGUGGAUGAGUGCUCUCAGCGAUGAAGACAUCAGAAAGCAUUCUGAAAGUUUGGAAUAGAUGACGCGCCUUCUCCACAGAAAGAAACAGCAUCCAGUAGUCUACCAGUCGAAACCAUUCGACAUAAUCUGUAUAUCAUGUGUCAAUGAUCAAUAUCACCAUCGCUCACAUACCUUGUUUCAUUUACCAUCAACAACAUCAUAGACGAUACUCGAUUCGCUUAAAAUUCGUCGCCAUUGUACAAAUACGCAGGUUUUGGCCAUCCUUAGUAUAUAAUACUUCACACGAUACCAUGAUUCACCAUCCAUAUUAGCGAGAUUUUCCACAAGAGACACAGCCUCUUCGAUCACAAAUACCCAGCCAACUCACC